AUGUCUCAGUCAACGACGAUGGCUGCGUCGGGAACUGUGGCCGUGUCGGGGACUACCGUUGUGUCGGGAACGACGGCUGCAUCGGCAGACGGGGAAGCCGAGAACGAGCAAAUGAGGCAAGGUGCAAGCGCUUAUGGCCACGGAGCCUUUCAGAAUCGUAUAUUCUACUACGGCAUCGUGGCUCUUGUAGUACUGUUGUGUCACAACCGCGUCUUCGCAUUCAUCUCGCCACCCGUUGAUCACUGGUGCAGUCCGACCAAGCAGUUCGCCAACAUGUCCGUGCCUGUAUGGAAGAACAUCGCGAUUCCCGUCGACGAAGCCGACCACUACAGCACGUGCCUUGUCUACGCGAACCCCGGUCACGUCAACGACACCACGGUGUAUCCCUGUGCUUCUUGGGAUUACGAUACCAGCUCCAAACUGCAGUCCCUGCGCAGUUUCUGGAACCUCGUAUGCAGCAGGACCUGGCUGGUGACUCUGGCAGAAGCAGUGUACAUGAGUGGAGCGCUGUUCAUGAUGCCUGUUACGGGCUACGCCGCAGACACGAUGGGUCGCCAGCCGGUGAUCAUCGGAGCCGUGCUGGGACUCGUCUUGAGCUCUGCUGCAAGCUGCUCGGCGUAUUCGUUCGUGAUCUACCUUGUCGCCAGGUUCGUCAGCGCGGCGUGUUCCAGCACGGUUCAUGUGCUGAUCGUCAUCCUUCUGUUCGAAACCAUACCGCUCGAGUUUCGGACGUUCUACAUCGGCUUCGUCUGUUCCGUGGGCGUCGUCGUGGCCGAUGCAUUCUUCCUGCUGCUGACGCCGCUGCAAAAACACGUCAGUUGGCGCUUUAUGCAGGUGAUCAUUGUGGCACCCACUAUUCUUCUGCUGACGGCUCGCUCGGUUGUCUACGAGUCACCGAUAUGGCUCAUUUCAACGUACCGCAUGAGGGAUGCCGAAGCUGUCAUGCUCAGAGCAGCACGGUUAAACGGCGUGCGGCGCAACGAAGCGGAAAGGUCUGUGGACGCCAUAAUGGCCGACUUGAGCAGGGCCGGCGUGAACCUGUCCAUGUCAGUCUGGGAAACCUUCAGGUCGGGAUCGAUCCGCGUGAGAGCGAUCAGCGUAUUCUUCUCGAACUUUACGGUCAUGUUCGCUUAUUUUGUCGUCGUGGGAAGCAGCCACCUCCAGGGACAGGGUGUUCUCAAGAUAGCCUCCGUCGCCGUCCUUGUUCCGAGCUAUCUGGCCAUGUACCUCGCCCUGAACUUCUGUGGGAGGCAGAAGCUACUGAUGAUCCUGCUGGCUCUCCUGGCCGGAGUGACCGCGCUUUGUGGCGUUAGCAUCUAUGCGCAUCCGGUCGAGGUGUCCUAUGUCCUUGUGGUCGCCGCCAAGGCUACCGCAAGCGUCCUGAUUCCGACCAACUACCUUUACAUCGUAGAGCUCUUUCCCACCACCGUUCGCAGCGCCGUCCUGUGCGGCGCUUAUACCUGCGGCCGCGUGGGAGCUGUGCUUGCCGCAUUUGUGGUGCAGCUCAAGUCCGUCGGCCGAGAGGACUUGGGCUUCGCGAUAGCAGCCUUCGGAGCCCUCACCAACAUAGUGGUCGUGAUGCAACUGCCCGAAACCAGUGUCGGCACCGAGGCCACCGGAGAACUGAAGAAGCGCAAGGACCUCCUCAACCUGAUGCAGCGAAGCCUGGCGCCGUUGCCGAGUAAAGAUCAACGAACUCGCAGCAAGAAAGCUUUAAGUGGCACGACUAAUUAG